AUGGAGCAGACCUUCAUUAUGAUCAAGCCUGAUGGCGUUCAAAGAGGCCUUACGGAUCUUUUCCCUGCCAACCCAUUUCCUUCCACUGCUCUGAUAUUAGACCGUGUAGUUCCUCCCCAGGAAAGGCGGCAUGCCAUAAGGCCCGUAGAGCUUCCUGUCGAACAACAGAAGAAAUUGAGGACAAGGAUAACCAGAUUUAGAGUGUCAGAUCAAAUGAUGGACGAGCAUCACUAUCCCUUCUUUGAGCACAAACACAUGAAAGGCCUCUGCCAAGCCAUGCAGCUGAUCCAGCCACAACCUCCGCUCCAACCAUCUAAACCUACAGCCCAUCCGAAAAUUGCAGCUCCUGUUUCUCAUUUGAUCAAGAUUCAGCAGGAGGCAAGGGAGUAA